AUGGAAAUUUCUAGUGUUCGUUUAUUAUCUAUUGAAAUUCUAUGCUGCUGUGUAGUGUUCGUUAUUUGUUUAUUCGAACUCAGAGUCAAAUCUUCGUCUCUGUUUACAUCAUUACUUGUCACUUAUGAUGCUUUUCUGCCCCUAUAUAAACCCGCUUUCGAAACCUUGUUAUAUAAAACCAUUCGCUUUCAUAGUUGCAGAAUACUUAAUAAGUUUUUUUUUUCCUUCACAAUGGCCCAGCAGAGCUCUGUCCCAACAACAACAACAACAACAACAACGUCAGAACCUCCUCCGCGUCCAUUAAGCCCAACUGAGCCCUCUAUUCCCAUUGCUUACCCUAUCAAAACACUCAGGGACCUGGAGUCCAGGGCCUACUUCAAUUCAUUUCACUACCCAUUUAAUAUAUCCACCGUUCCUCUUCAACCCGCGCCAUUGCCCGACAGGCGUAGGAUUCUUGUUUGCCAUGAUAUGAAAGGUGGAUAUGUUGACGAUAAAUGGGUUCAGGGUGGAACUAACCCAGAUGCUUAUGCUAUAUGGCAUUGGCAUUUGAUCGAUAUUUUUGUUUACUUUUCCCAUGAUUUGGUCACGCUUCCACCUCCAUGUUGGACAAAUACAGCUCACAGGCACGGUGUUAAGGUACUUGGAACAUUUAUUGUGGAAGGAGGGGGUGAACAUGUUCGGGACACCUUGCUUUCAUCAAAGGAUUCUGCUAAAAUGUAUGCAGAGUGCUUAGCCGAGCUUGCUAUUGCAUUGGGAUUUGAUGGAUGGCUGAUGAAUAUGGAAAUCUCCAUGAAUCAUCAGCAAGUUACUCAUAUGAUAGAAUUUGUGAGCCAUUUAACUCAAUCUAUGCAUUCUAAGCUACCUGGGUCUUUAGUUAUAUGGUAUGACAGUGUAACCGUGGAUGGUCACCUUCACUGGCAAAAUGAAUUGAAUGAGAAAAAUAAAGUUUUCUUUGAUAUCUCGGAUGGAAUAUUUGUAAACUACUGGUGGAGAGAGGAUGCCCCUAAAAAAUCUGUUGCUGUUGCUGGAGAGAGAAAGCAUGAAGUGUACAUGGGCAUUGAUGUUUUUGGGAGAGGUACCUUUGGUGGUGGAGGAUGGAAUACAAAUGUUGCACUGGAUGUUCUGAAAAGGGAUGAUGUGUCGGCUGCAAUAUUUGCUCCUGGAUGGGUGCAUGAGCACGAACAGGAAACUGAUUUUCAGACUGCUCAAAACAAAUGGUGGGGUCUUGUGAAGCAAUCAUGGGAAAUAGUGCGAAGUUACCCAAAACAACUACCAUUCUACUCAAAUUUUGAUCAGGGUCAUGGUUAUCAUGUUUCCAUAGCUGGAGUAAAAAUCUCAGAUGCUUCUUGGAACAAUUUAUCCAGUCAAAGCUUCCAGCCCAUACUUGACGUAACUGAUGAUUCAACUUCACGCUCUAUCCAAGCUUAUUCUAAUUUUGAGGUAGUCUACAAUGGUGGAGGAAGCAUUGCACUCAAAGGGACUCUUGAGCAAAAUUGCUACAAUAUAAUAAGACUAUUUCAAGGAGAGCUUGCUUUAGGGGAUGUUCCUUUAGUAGUCAUCUAUUCUUUAACGUCAAAUGGGGAUUCUCAACUAGGCCUUUUGUUGGAGUUCUUUUCCAGCACAGAUAAGAGAAAGGUUUUACUUGCCUCUAGCAAUGAAAAGCAAUUCUCGACUGAUUUCUCUGAAGUGAUUGAGACAACACCAGUUGAAGUGCCUGGACUUUCUCCUGAUUGGUUCGUUUAUAUGGGCAGAAUUCAAAUGAGUGGAUACAAAUUGACAAAUAUAAAUGUUGUCUGCUAUAGAUCAAGCUCUAAAACUAGUGCAUUGAAACACAAAUGUGGAGUGGUUGGGAAAAAUAAUUCACUAAAUUGCAGUUCAUCGUCUGACUACUUUGCAGUGCUCGGUAAUGUCAUUGUUCGAUCUGUUGAGGAACCAGAUCUUCCACCACCUAGUUCAUGGCUAGUCAAAUCUCCAUAUGUUAGAAGGACUACAAGUGCAGAUGGAACAAGGACCCUUGACAUUCACAUCGUUUGGGAGUUGAAAGAUAGCAGUAGUGAUAAGGUAUUUGAACGCUACAAUGUGUAUGUCAUGGAAGUAGUCGAGGAAGGCAACAAUCCCCUUGCAAAAUUACAUAAUGUUCCAAAAUAUCUCGGUGUGGCACAUGUAAAAGCAUUUUAUGCCUCUAACCUUGCAAUUCCUUCCGGCAUCUCAGGUUUCAAAUUCAUAAUCCAAGUUUGUGGAGUGGAUGGGAGUGUCCAAAGAUUGGAGGACUCUCCGUUUCUCUAUGUGAAUGUCUUAUGGUAAGCAAGGGUAAGUUUUCCCCAAAAAGUUGGAGUUCGGAGGAGUAGAGUUGUGUUUGGGCAAGAAGUUUAUGGGUUGGACGACUAAAACCAUUUGUUUCAUUUCUUACUAAUUCACUACACUGUGGACUGCAUGACCAAACAACUCUUCAUAUUUCAUAACUAUUCAGACUUUGCUCCACUCUUUGCUCAAAA